AUGAAGAUGAACAAACUUCCUCUAGCCAUCCUCUCCGAUAUCCUCUCUAGAGUCUCGAGCCAGUCGCUGCUACGAUUCCGAUGCGUUUGCAAGCGCUGGAGAGAAGCCAUCGAUGAUUCCUACUUCCGCAACUCAUUGCACUGCUCGAAAGAGCGAGUGCUUCUACACCAUGAGUAUGGAAAAGAGGAGAUCUAUAUCUCCGAGAUACAAGAGGAAGCGGCCAUGAAGAUGAUCCUGAUAGGGAAAUUUCCGGAACUGAAAGGCUACAUGCUCCAAGGUGCCUGCAAUGGCUUCCUCCUUUUCGGGCACUGGACCGAUAUCGAGAAUAAUCCUGAACUCCUGAUUAAUCCUCUUGCUAAAGAGAUUCUGAGAUUGCCAAGAGUAUCUGAUCUUCUACCAAACAUGUCAGCUAUCAAGUUGGUUUGCGGGUUCGGCUUUGAUCGCUCUGCCAACACGUACAAGAUGGUACAAAUCAGUGAAAUUGACUAUGACGAGGAGACUCAUACCCGCACAACAGGGGCUCGAGUCUGCAAUUUCAAAAAGCAAUUGUGGAGGACCUGCAAAGCCCCGCCGCCUUCUCAGUGGCUUUGUAGUAAAUCCGUCUUUGCUUGCGGAGCUUUGAACUGGUUGAUCGACAAGAGGGUGAAGGCGACGCUCUCCUUUGACCUUACCAGUGAGGAAUUCAGCUUGAUCCCAAUCCCGAUCUCGGAUGAUUCCUACGGAGCCACCGGAAUGCACGAGGUGGGAGAAUCGCUGGCGUUGUUCCUGUACCGUAUUUCGAACACAACCCACCUCGAGACGUGGGUGCUUAAGGACGCCACCAGCACCCGCAGAGAGUGGACCAUAAAAUACAGGAUCGACACGGUCGGCAAGUUUUACUACGUGCUAGGACCGUACGAGCUCGAGAAGCUGAUCCUCCAUCGCUGGGGGGACACGUGUUUGUACGAUGUCAACAAGCAAAGAUUCACGAGGUGCGGGACUGAGGAUAUGGCGCUUCACCGGUGUAGGUCCGUGACCCUAAGCCUGGUUUCUCUGGAGCAACUUUUUGGUGAGGAGACGUCGGGGAGGCUCUGA